CACACAGCCUGCGAGCCGCAAGCCCAGUGUCCCCAGAAAACGACUGGUGGAGUCAUGGAGACACUCCCCCUUAAUGAACCACUGUCUGCAGCCCCGCUUACCCCAGAAGAUGAGAACGCACUGGAGGCCCUCUGCUCGAACAAGAAGAACCUCCCCAGACAAAAGCUGGCCACCGAAAGCCCAACAACCAUACCACCCCAGCCUAUUAUCACAAAGGCCACAAGCGAGGAUGACGACCUCUGCAGCUCACCUGACGGGCCCCCCAGUCCCCUAACAAUCAGAAACUUGAGGUACAUGACCACAAAUACGAGGGACACAUUACAACUAGACACAAGAAAGCAUGCUAGAUCCCCGACAGCUGCCAAAUUACAAGGACCGUCCAGAGCGCCUCCUAGAAUCCAUCUCCGCAAAAAAUCCAUCAUAAAAUCAGGGACCGGCACCCAACUCUACCCCGGAAACCUGGAUGCCCCCCAGGAUGUCUUCACAACGGUGAGUAUGAACGAGAACCAGAGCGAAAACAUGCUCCGAUCAGACAUAACUCCCUCACCCCUCCUCCUGGCACCCACCAUGUAUGAGACCAAGACCACAAAAGCAGAGAGACCAAAAGAUGGAAAAGAGGACUACAACUGGAUCGCCCUCGGACACGACCUCAAGAAAUUCGUAGCAUAUGGACUCUGCCCAUCCCGCCUGCUAGAAGGAGCUAACCCAGCCAGAGCUGAAGAAUGGAUGCGCACAGAAGGAGCUAUCCUGGCCUUGCCACUGGAUGCAGCCUACAACGAAGAAAAUGA